AGAUCCACGCUAUUGAGGCAGCAAAGGGAUACUCAGGCUUCAGCAAGAAUCGCUACGUCGUCUUUAUUACAAACAGUUUCCGCCAGCUUCCAACACACCGCACUGGAGCUUCCCACAUGGCCCAAAUACUUGAAGAUAUCUGGAUCUAUGCAUUGGCAACCACCUCACCUGCUGCGAUUGAAUUGGCGGGGACGUUCGGCAUCCAAGUGAUUACUUUCUGGUUACCGUCGCUUCUGCUGCUCAGCAUAGACCAUUACACACCUUCUUUCUCGUUACGCCAUAAGAUCCAGGCAAGAUCGAGCGUAAGACCUGGCCAGGUCCGUCAUUGCGUCAAGGUCGUGGCUUCUAACCAGCUCCUUAUGGUUGUAGCCAAGAUCUCGGAGCUCUUCGUCUUACGAAUUUGUGGCUACACAUCAUUCUAUCGCUUCGACCAAGACCUGCCAUCUCCAUUUGAGCUCGCAAGAGACCUGAUCAUAUGCGUCCUUGGCUGUGAGAUCAUGUUUUACUACUCACAUAGAUUGCUUCAUGUGAGGUCUUUCUAUCAAUGGAUACACAACCAACACCACCAAUUCAAAGCCCCUAUCGCUCUAUCCGCCCAGUACGCACAUCCGCUGGAAUACCUCUUUUCCACCGUCUUGCCGUUUUGGCUUCCCACGCAGCUUCUGGGCUGCCACAUAGUCACCUGCCUUGUGUUUUGGUCAGCAGCUACUGUAGAGACCGUCAUGGCACAUAGUGGUUACGACUUCUUCGGCAUCCUAUCCAAGAAGCAUGACUUGCAUCACGAGAAGAACAGAGUCAACUUCGGCACACUUGGCUUCCUCGACUGGCUGCAUGGCACAGGCGCGUGAACAGAACGCUCCCGUCGAUCACCAAGAGCAAGAUCAUCACAUCAAAAAGAGCAAAAAACCAGGGUGUUGCGAAGCCCGCUGUCCUGGGGAAAACCCUUGAAAGAAGGCACCGCUUACUUUCGACAACGGAGUGGAUCGAACCCGACGCUCACAAAUGCUACCUACCGAAGAAAGAGGUCUUUCCAUUACCAGGUGUACGGCACAACCGCUGCACCACACAAGGACCCCACAUGAUGAGAGUUGCAAUUCGAAGGGCUAAAUGGGGGAGAAUUGGAGAGUGAGUGAGAGUUGACUUGGCUACCUCUCCAAGAUCUCAACACAUUCAUGCGAUCUCCUUCGUGUCACUAUGGUAGUCUUGACUUCGUAUCCUCCCCAGCUGUACAGUCUUUACAGCAGGCGCAGAUCAACCU